AUGGCCUCAUUAUUACUUCCUUUUUUGGUUUCUCUCAUCAUUUUCCAUAAUUUUCAGCACACAUCUUCAUUCUCCCUCUCCGUAGAGAAAGACGUUAUAGUGUCAUCACCGGAAGGAACAUUCACCGCAGGGUUUCACCCCGUUGGAGAAAACGCAUACUGCUUCGCAAUAUGGUACACCCAACCACCUCGUACCGUCGUUUGGAUGGCCAACCGGGACCAGCCGGUGAACGGAAAGCGCUCCACGCUUUCCCUCCUCGGAGUCGGUAACCUCGUACUAACCGACGCGGACCAGUUCCAAGUCUGGUCCACAAACACCCUCACCUCAUCGAAACAAGUCCAGUUACGUUUGUACGACACCGGCAACCUCGUUCUCCUCAACAACUCCAACGGUUUUGUUUUGUGGCAAAGCUUUGAUUUUCCGACGGACACGCUGCUUCCUAAUCAACCUCUGAGAAAGACCACCAACCUCGUUUCUUCGAUAAGCGGGACCAACUAUUCCUCUGGUUACUACAGGCUCUUCUUCGACUUUGAGAAUGUUCUACGCCUCAUGUACCAAGGCCCUCGAGUUACCAGUGUUUACUGGCCAUUUGCUUGGCUUCAGAACAAUAACUUCGGUAAUAAUGGGAAUGGUAGAUCCACUUUCAACGAUACCAGGGUUGUUUUGCUCGAUGAUUUCGGCAGGGUGGUUUCCUCCGAUAACUUCACUUUCACCACAAGCGAUUACGGGACGGUGCUUCGACGGAGACUGACCCUCGAUCACGACGGCAAUGUUCGUCUGUAUAGCAUCAAAGACGGAGAAGACAAUUGGAAGGUGUCAGGGCAAUUUCGGCCACAACCUUGUUUUAUUCACGGAAUUUGUGGACCCAAUAGUUAUUGCACUAAUCAGCCAACUAGUGGAAGAAAGUGUAUAUGCCUUCCAGGUCACAGAUGGGUUGACAGUGAAGACUGGUCUCAAGGGUGCAUACCGAAUUUCCAGCCUUGGUGCAGUAACAACAGCACUGAGCAAGAGUCUCACUUCCUGCAGUUACCCGAAAUGGAUUUUUACGGUUACGACUAUGCCCUCUAUCAGAAUCACACGUACCAACGAUGUGUGAAUCUGUGCUCGCGCUUGUGUGAAUGCAAAGGGUUCCAACACAGCUAUUCUAAGGAAGGUGGUGAUAUUGGUCAGUGCUACCUCAAGACGCAGUUGCUAAAUGGCCAUCGUUCGGGGGGCUUCUCCGGAGCGUUCUUCCUGCGUCUGCCUUUGUCACUCCAAGACUAUGAUGACAGGGCCAUUCUGAAUAAUAGCAAUGUCUUGGUUUGUGAGGGAGAAGUGAAGGUUCUUGAGAGACCGUAUGUGGAAGAAAAAGAAAAUGCGUUCGUGAAGUUCAUGUUGUGGUUUGCCAUUGCCUUAGGAGGAAUUGAGUUCGUGAUCUUCUUUCUGGUGUGGUGUUUGUUGUUUAAGAAUGAUGCUGAUAAAGAAGCCUAUGUUCUUGCCGUGGAAACCGGGUUUAGGAAAUUCAGUUACUCUGAACUAAAACAAGCCACCAAGGGUUUCAGUGAUGAGAUAGGAAGGGGUGGUGGGGGUACUGUGUAUAAGGGUCUGUUAUCUGAUAAUCGAGUUGUGGCGAUAAAAAGACUACAUGAAGUAGCAAAUCAAGGAGAAAGUGAGUUUCUGGCUGAAGUAAGCAUCAUUGGAAGGCUGAACCACAUGAACUUAAUUGGCAUGUUGGGGUAUUGUGCAGAGGGAAAGUAUAGGUUGUUGGUUUAUGAGUACAUGGAAAAUGGUUCUUUAGCUCAAAACCUUUCAUCAAGUUCAAAUGUACUUGACUGGAGUAAAAGGUAUAACAUUGCUCUGGGAACGGCAAGGGGUCUGGCUUACUUGCAUGAAGAAUGCUUGGAGUGGAUUUUGCAUUGUGAUAUUAAGCCACAAAAUAUACUUCUUGACUCUGAUUACCAACCCAAGGUAGCCGAUUUUGGUUUGUCUAAGCUACUUAACCGGAACAACCUCGACAAUUCAACCUUCUCAACGAUAAGAGGAACAAGAGGUUACAUGGCACCAGAAUGGGUUUUCAACUUGCCAAUCACUUCCAAGGUGGACGUUUACAGCUAUGGAAUUGUUGUGUUGGAGAUGAUAACAGGAAGGAGUCCAACAACAGGUGUCCAAAUCACAGAAAUAGAAGCAAAGUCGCCUCAUCAUGAGAGGUUGGUGACAUGGGUGAGGGAGAAAAGGAAGAAAGGAUCAGAAAUGGGAUCAUCUUGGGUGAAUCAAAUCGUUGACCCUGCUUUGGGAUCAGACUAUGACAUGAAUAAGAUGGAGAUGUUGGCAACGAUGGCUUUGGAAUGUGUAGAGGAAGAGAAAGACGUGAGACCUACCAUGAGUCAUGUUGCUGAGAGGCUCCAAAGUCAUGAACAUGAUUCUUGAUGGUUUGAACAAAGAGUAGUCAUCUGUCCCAUGUAUGUGACUUCCCUUGUUUAUCAUCAAUGGUUCCUGUUCCUUUUAUUUUUUGGUUGGUUUGGUCUAUCAUAGAUUGUUUCUGUUUGUGGUAAAUCUUCAAUUGUUGUGCAGUUUAAUGCUGCUGUUGUAUAUAUCAGAUUCUAGUGUCAGGCAGUCGUAUGUUGUUACAGUUGCAGGAAUUAUUCAUGGACACCCUGUGGUAUUACAGUAUUUCCGUCAAUUGCAACCCAUUCAUUUGCUUCUUUAA